AUGGCGCGGCUCAUCGCUCUUCUCUUCUCAAGCUCUAUCAGCUCUCCUCCCUUAAAUCCCUCCACCUCCACCAGCUCCCCCGCUGCUCUGCGAUCUCCAGCACCGAGUGUGAUCCGCCAGAAUCCUCGAUUGUACUGGGAGUCGCAGUACCGGGGGUCGCUGUACCGGGGGUCGCAGUACCGGGGGUCGCAGUCCCGGGCGUCGCAGUCCCGGGAGUCGCAGUACCGGGGGUCGCAGUACCGGGGGUCGCAGUCCCGGGCGUCGCCGUCCCGGGAGUCGCAGUACCGGGAGUCGCAGUACCGGGGGUCGCAGUACCGGGAGUCGCAGUACCAGGGGUCGCAGUACCGGGGGUCGCAGUCCCGGGAGUCGCAGUCCCGGGAGUCGCAGUCCCGGGAGUCGCAGUACCGGGGAUCGCAGUACCGGGGGUCGCUGUACCGGGGAUCGCAGUCCCGGGAGUCGCAGUCCCGGGGGUCACAGUCCCGGGAGUCGCAGUACCGGGGAUCGCAGUACCGGGGAUCGCAGUACCGGGGGUCGCUGUACCGGGGAUCGCAGUCCCGGGAGUCGCAGUCCCGGGGGUCGCAGUCCCGGGAGUCGCAGUACCGGGGAUCGCAGUACCGGGGGUCGCUGUACCGGGGAUCGCAGUCCCGGGAGUCGCAGUCCCGGGGGUCGCAGUCCCGGGAGUCGCAGUACCGGGGAUCGCAGUACCGGGGGUCGCUGUACCGGGGAUCGCAGUCCCGGGAGUCGCAGUCCCGGGGGUCGCAGUCCCGGGAGUCGCAGUACCGGGGAUCGCAGUACCGGGGGUCGCUGUACCGGGGAUCGCAGUCCCGGGAGUCGCAGUCCCGGGGGUCGCAGUCCCGGAGUCGCAGUACCGGGGAUCGCAGUACCGGGGGUCGCUGUACCGGGGAUCGCAGUCCCGGGAGUCGCAGUCCCGGGGGUCGCAGUCCCGGGAGUCGCAGUACCGGGGAUCGCAGUACCGGGGGUCGCUGUACCGGGGAUCGCAGUCCCGGGAGUCGCAGUCCCGGGAGUCGCAGUACCGGGAGUCGCAGUACCGGGAGUCGCAGUCCCGGGAGUCGCAGUCCCGGGAGUCGCAGUACCGGGAUCGCAGUACCGGGGUCGGUCGGGGAUCGCAGUCCCGGGAGUCGCAGUACCGGGGGUCGCAGUACCGGGGGUCGCUGUACCGGGAGUCGCAGUACCGGGGGUCGCAGUACCGGGGGUCGCUGUACCGGGGAUCGCAGUCCCGGGAGUCGCAGUACCGGGGAUCGCAGUCCCGGGAGUCGCAGUCCCGGAGUCGCAGUACCGGGGAUCGCAGUCCCGGGAGUCGCAGUCCCGGGAGUCGCAGUCCCGGGAGUCGCAGUCCCGGGAGUCGCAGUCCCGGGGAUCGCUGUCCCGGGGGUCACAGAACCGGGGUCGCAGUCCCGGGAGCCGCAGUCCCGGGAGCCGCAGUCCCGGGAGUCGCAGUACCGGGGGUCACAGUCCCGGGGAUCGCAGUACCGGGGUCACAGUCCCGGGCGUCGCAGUCCCGGGCGUCGCAGUCCCGGGCGUCGCAGUCCGGGUCGCAGUCGCAGUCCCGGGAGCCGCAGUCCCGGGAGUCGCAGUACCGGGAGUCGCAGUACCGGGAGUCACAGUCCCGGAGGUCGCUGUACCGGGAGUCGUAGUACCGGGAGUCUUGGUCCUGAUAAACAUAAACAAAAGCCUUCAUCAGCUGAUAAACAUAAACAAAAGCCUUCAUCAGCUGAUAGACAUAAACAAAAGCCUUCAUCAGCUGAUAAACAUAAACAAAAGCCUGCAUCAGCUGAUAAACAUAAACAAAAGCCUUCAUCAGCUGAUAAACAUAAACAAAAGCCUCCAUCAGCUGAUAGACAUAAACAAAAGCCUCCAUCAGCUGAUAAACAUAAACAAAAGCCUUCAUCAGCUGAUAAACAUAAACAAAAGCCUUCAUCAGCUGAUAAACAUAAACAAAAGCCUUCAUCAGCUGAUAAACAUAAACAAAAGCCUGCAUCAGCUGAUAAACAUAAACAAAAGCCUUCAUCAGCUGAUAGACAUAAACAAAAGCCUGCAUCAGCUGAUAAACAUAAACAAAAGCUUUCAUCAGCUGAUAAACAUAAACAAAAGCCUGCAUCAGCUGAUAAACAUAAACAAAAGCCUUCAUCAGCUGAUAGACAUAAACAAAAGCCUGCAUCAGCUGAUAAACAUAAACAAAAGCUUUCAUCAGCUGAUAAACAUAAACAAAAGCCUGCAUCAGCUGAUAAACAUAAACAAAAGCCUUCAUCAGCUGAUAAACAUAAACAAAAGCCUUCAUCAGCUGAUAAACAUAAACAAAAGCCUUCAUCAGCUGAUUAUUUGCAUCAGAGAAUUUGGCUAAUUGGCUGA